GACUUGGUCACGAUGCUUAAUCACACCUGGACCUACCAGGCGAUGGUGCACGAUGUCCUUGGCAUGCGGCUGAACAAGAUGCAGGUUCCAGUCGAGUCCGAGGAUGCGUCUGCACCACCCAAAGCAAGGUCCUAUGACGUUGAUGAGGCCGAUGCUUUCUGGACUGCUCAUGCUGGAGAUCAGUUUCCUGAGGUGCUAAAUGCAGUGCCGAAGGCUAUCGAGGACUUCGAGAAGAGACGAAAUGAGAUGGCAGGGUCUGGCCAGCAGGAGGAUGCUCUGGCACCGGGACUUGCUGCGGCAAUCAAUGCGCUACCAGAGAUGACGGAGAAGAAGCGCAGUAUCGAUAUGCACACGAACAUCGCGCACGCCCUAGUGGCGGAGGUGAAAGCGCGAGAGCUAGAUAGGUACUAUGAGUUUGAGGAUCAGCUGGCGUCGCAGUCCCUUGGGACCUCGAUCAAAGAACUGGAGCAGCUCCUGGGAGCGUCGCAGAAGGGGACACUAGCGGACAAGCUCCGGGCGAUCAUGGUUCUUGUCCUGACAAAGCCUGCAGUUUCACAGCAGCAGCUGCAAUCCUUAGUGGAGGCUUACGAGAACGGGGGCGGCGAUGCGUCUGGUGUUCGAUACUUGCAGUACCUUCAGAGCAUUCGCAACAUGGCAAUGCCCACGGCCACAGCCGGCCCAGCAACAG